AUGAAAAGCCCGCAGCGGCACCCACAACCCCCCACACGGGGGGACACCUCCCCGACGCGUCGGCGUCGCGUCUCUCCGCCGACACCGAAAACGGCGUCGAGCUCUACGCUCGUCGCGUAUGAUCCCCGGAAGGCGGCGCCGCAGCUGUCGACGACGCGGCUUGUGAUCGCACACGCGGGCGCUGCGUUAACUCUAUUCCUCGCGACGACAGACGCGACGAUUGUGUCGACCUGUCUCCCGACGAUUGCGAGCGAGUUCGAAGCGAACCAAGCCGAGUACACUUGGGUGUCCGUGACGUACAUGCUCACCCAGACCGCGUUCCAACCUCUCUACGGGAAGCUCUCGGACCUCAUUGGACGGACGUCGGUUCUCUACGGCAGUAUCUUCAUUUUUGCCGCAGGCUCGGUGCUCUGUGGGAGCGCGCAGAGCAUCGAAUGGCUGAUAAUUGCUCGAGGGAUCGCUGGCGUCGGCGGCGGCGGUAUCGUUUCCCUCGUAUGGACAAUUACGUCAGAGAUCGUCGACGUCCGAAACCAGGCGAAAUGGUCACAGGCAUUGAGCGUCACCUGGGCCUGCUCGGCCGUCGCGGGGCCCCUCCUCGGCGGCGUCUUCAGCGUCUAUAUGAACCUCCCCAUCUGCGCCGUCUCCUUCGUGACGCUGUGGCUAUCUCUGCGCCAUGUGUUCGCGGGCCGCACCUCUGACGUUUCGUGGAGAACGUUCGGUCGAACAUUCGACUUUGUAGGACUGUUCCUCUUCAUGGGAGGAAGCAGCAGCAUUGUGAUUGGCUUCAACUUCGCGACCCAACUCGGAUGGGCCUGCGCUUCGACACUCACCCUCAUUGUCGCGGGCGUCCUGGUGUUAGUUGUCGCCGGCUUCUACGAAGUCCGCACGAAACGCGACGCGCUCUUUCCCCCGAUCGCCUUCAGGGAUCUCUUAGUGAUUACCCUUGCGACGACGUUCCUGCACAAUUUUGCGUUCAACGCCGGGACGUUCUAUCUCGCACUCUACUUCCAGGCCGUAGAUGGCCUCUCUCCCAUACAAGCUGGUAUCACCAUGCUGCCGUACUCCUUAGGCUCCUCGCUUGCGUCAAUGCCGGCGGCCUGGCUCAUCGGCUACUGGUCUCAGCGGAGAAACGACACGGCGUGCCAAAAGUUCCUCAUCUGCGCUGGCCUUGCCAUUGCCUCCGUGGGAUUCGGCCUGAUGAUGCUAAUGUCUGAGCGCAGCACGCACCUCGAGCAGACACUGUUCCCCCUAAUCGCCGGUGUCGGCCUUGGGAUGCUCUUCCAUGCACCCUAUCAGGUCUUCACGCGCGCGCUAAGGCGGCAGGAGGUCGCGUCAGGCACGAGCGCGUUUUUUCUCGUCCGCUUCACGGGCGCCACGGUCGGGCUGGCCGUCGCGGGCGCUGUGUUCCUCGGCCGGCUGUCGAGCACGCUGCCGCCUGGGGUGGACGCUUCAGUCGUUCUCGAAUCGGUGACCGCGCUACGGAACCAGAGCAACUGGGACGAAGUCCUGCACGCGCUGUCGCUUGCGAUCAAGGCCAUCUGGGCGGUCUGUUGCCCAUGCCUUGGCGUGGCUCUGCUGGUCGGUAUCUCGAUGUUUACACGUAAAAUCGCAGUCGACGAGGGCGCGGCGGCUCGGGCAGACGAGAAGUCUGCCGGCGCGCCCGUGAUGGAGGGCGCAGCACUGGAGGGAGUGUGA